AGGAAGAGGUCAGCUGACUCAAGCUAGUCAGUGUAGCAGCAGAGUUGGUGGUUUUACUAGAGAGAGGGAAAAAGGAGUUUAAUAUCUUAGCCUCUUGUAGCUUCCUCUCUGCAUUAACUGAAGUAUGAAAGGUUUGUACUGCCGAGCCGGGGUGACUGAUGCUGAGCCCAAGUUCGUUAUCCAGGAAACGAGUCUUCCAGAUGUUUUGGGCAGCCACCUGGUUAGAGUUCAGGUAAAGGCAUGUGGACUCAGCGCCCUGGACCUCAAGUUGCUUGGUGACGUGGGGAUCCAGAAAGACUUAAUUCCUGUUGGCAGAGAGGUGGCUGGGGUCGUCCUGCAAGUGGGCGACAAGGUGUCUUUCUUCCAGCCAGAGGAUGAGGUUGUAGGUAUUCUGCCUUUGGACUCUCCCUGCUCUGGACUCUGUGAUGUCAUUGACAUAGAUGAACACUAUUUAGUUCAGAAGCCAGAGAAGCUCAGCUCGGUGUGUGUUGCGGGAGCGUUGCGUGACGGCCUCUGUGCUUACACUGCUCUACACACACACGCUCGCAUGGCAGCCGGACACACUCUCCUGGUCAUGGACGGAGCCAGCUCUUUCGGGCUCAUGUGCAUCCAGUUGGCUUGUUACCAUGGAGUGAAGGUUCUGACGACGUCACACUCGCCGCAAAAGCACACAUUCCUGGAGCAGCUUCGACCCAGCGUAGGUGUUCAGGAUCCUUUAGUAGCCAAGGUUAUUCCGGUGUAUAACGGCUCAUCAGACCUGCUGCCGGUGGUUUUAGAGGAGACAGGAGGACUGGGAGUGGAUAUAGUCAUAGACUCUGGAGUGCGUCUACACGAGGAGGAGUCAGAGGACACGAAGCUCCUCCCACACAAACAUGACAUCAUCAGCGUGCUGGGAGUGGGGGGUCACUGGGUCACAUCCCAUAAAGACCUGCAGCUGGAUCCUCCAGAUUGCAGACUGCUGCACUUAAAAUCAGCCUCUGUGACUUUCCUCAACCAAGAAGUCUGGAUGGCUUCGUCAGCGCAGCAAGGAAGAUACCUCCAUAUUCUGAAGGACAUUGUGGAGAAGAUGUCAACUGGAGUACUCAGACCUCAGCCUGAGGAGCCGGUCCCUCUCUAUGAAGCCACAGUUGCCAUGGAGACCGUCCAGCGUCACCAGAAGAAAAAGGCGAUUGUUCAACUCUGACCAAAGCACUGAGACAUUAAUAGAAGCAGGAAGACAUGAUGAACCUGUUUCUGAGCCAACAGAGAGGAACACACUCAUAUUAACACCUGAGGUUAGAGCCUGCAGCUCCAGCUUAACCUGCUUGACUUUAAGCUGCGGGAAGAAUCAAUUUUCUUCUGGUUCUGAGGAAAGAGUGUUUCCUCCACACAGACAGCUCUCACCACAUUCAGACACAGUUUUGAAAUUUUAUAUCUAACUUCUGAAUAUGAGUAUGAUUUCAUGUGGCUUCAUUCUAUGUGACUGCCACCCACAGUAAAGGCUGUCUGGUCUUUGUUACUUUACGGCUGCAUUCAUACUGCAGGCACAAGGGACCCAAAUCAGAUUUUCUUUUUAUGUGACUCAGAUCUGUUUUUUCUUGUUUUUUUUCAGCGUGAACAAAUUCUGAUUUGUUUCACUCUCAUAUGUUGUCCAAAUCAGAUACAGGUCUGUUAUUUUGCAGUGUUAACAGUCUUAUCAGAAUUCCAGUGAGCUCUAUGGAACUCUGCCAGGCGGGUCACUUCAGGACCUGUUCACACUGAAAUCUGAUAUGGGCCACGUUUAACAAACAAACAGCCAAACAGAAUUGAACGCCAAGGCUUACAGUGUGAAUGUAGCUUAUGUUUCUUUGAAAACCCACAAAGUUUCAUUUGACCCAGUAAAUUCACAUUUUUAAAAAAAAAAGUAUGACUGCAAUUCUUGAUCUUUUCAACAUUUUAUGUUUUGCUUAUAAAACAUCCAAAUUGCAGUCCAACCAGGAAUUGCAAUUCAUGUGGUUUCCAUAAAACAUGUUGUGUAAUGUUGCAGUUUUUGUCUUUGUCUAAUCAGGAAAUAAAAUAAGACUAAGAGGA